AUGUCUAAUUUAAGCCUGGUGACAACAUUCAUUCUCAUGGGCAUUCCCCAUGCACCGUCUUUGGACACACCCCUCUUUGGAAUCUUCUUACUGAUUUAUGUACUCACUGUUGUGGGGAAUCUUCUCAUCCUGCUAGUUAUCAGGGUGGAUUCCCACCUCCACACCCCCAUGUACUACUUCCUGGCCAACUUGUCCUUCAUUGACAUGUGGUUCUCCACUGUCACUGUGCCCAAAAUGCUGAUGACCUUCAUCUUACCAAGUGGCAGAUCUAUCUCUUUUCACAGCUGUGUGGUCCAGCUCUACUCCUUCCAUUUCCUAGGCAGCACUGAGUGUUUCCUCUACACAGUCAUGUCCUAUGAUCGCUACCUGGCUAUCAGUUAUCUGCUCAGGUACACCAGCAUGAUGACUGGGAGAUUAUGUACCCUCCUGGCCACCAGCACUUGGCUCAGUGGCUCUCUGCACUCUGCUGUUCAGACAAUAUUGACAUUUCGUUUUCCCUACUGUGGACCCAAUCAGAUCCAGCACUACUUCUGUGAUGCACCACCAAUCCUCAAACUGGCCUGUGAAGACACCUCUGUCAAUGAGAUGGUGAUCUUUGUCAACAUUGGGAUAGUGGCCUCGGGCUGCUUCCUCUUGAUAGUGCUUUCCUACUCAUCCAUUAUCUGCUCCAUCCUGAAGAUUCGUACCUCGGCAGGGAGACACCGAGCUUUCCAGACCUGUGCCUCCCACUGCAUCGUGGUCCUCUGUUUCUUUGUUCCUUGUGUUUUCAUUUAUCUGAGACCGGGUUCCAAGGAUCCUGUAGAUGGAGUGGUGGCAGUUUUCUACACUGUACUGACCCCGCUUCUGAACCCUGUUGUGUACACCUUGAGGAACAAGGAAGUGAAGAAAGCUCUGCUCAAGCUGAAAAGUGGGUCAGUAUUCACUCAGAGCAAAUAG